UCUUAUGACAGCUUUUUGAGUACCAAUACAACAUGGGGCUUCUCUUGAUUGAGAAAAAGGAGUGGACUUCUACGCAUGAAGAACUUAGGCAAGCAUUGUUAGAAGCAAAGGAAGCCCUCAAACGGGAAGAGGUUGCACAUUCUAUGGCAAUUGAAGAAGUUCAGGAGCAGGAAGAGAGAUUGAAGAAGGCACUGGGUGUUGAGAAGCAGUGCGUGCUCAAUCUGGAGAAGGCAUUGCAUGACAUUCGUUCAGAAUUGGCGGAAACCAAGUUUACAGCAGAUUCAAAGCUCUCUGAAGCAAAUGCUUUAAUUGCUAGUGUGGAAGAAAAGUCACUGGAGGUGGAGGCAAAGUUGCGUGCUGCUGAUGCUAGGCUUGCUGAGGUAAGCAGGAAGAGUUCAGAGAUAGAGAGGAAGACACAGGAGUUAGAAUCUCGUGAAAAUACACUUAGAUGGGAACGCUUAUCAUUCAUUGCAGAACAUGAGGCACAUGAGAGUUCUUUGUCCAAACAGAGGGAGGACUUGGUAGAAUGGGAAAGAAAACUUAAAGAUGGAGAAGAGAGGCUAGCCAAAGGUCAAAGAAUUGCCAGCCAAAGAGAAGAGAGGGCAAAUGAGAAUGAUAGGAUUUUUAAGCAGAAAGAGAAGGAUCUUGAAGAGGCACAAAAGAAGAUUGAUGCAGCUAACCUAAGUUUGAAGGAGAAAGAAGAUGAUAUAAACAAUAGGCUAACAAAUUCGACUUUGAUAGAGAAGGAAUCAGUUGAUCUAAGAAAGAAGUUAGAGCUGAAGGAGAAGGAGUUGCUUGCUUUGGAGGAAAAGCUUAAUGACAGAGAAAAGGUUGAGAUUCAGAAACUUGUGGAGGAACAUAACAUGAUUCUGGAUCAAAAGAAGUGUGAAUUUGAGUUAGAAAUUAAGCAAAAGAGGAAAGCUCUGGAUGCAGAUCUAAAAAACAGGGUGAUUGAAGUGGAGAAGAAGGAAGCUGAAGUCAACCACAUGGAAGAGAAGAUUGCAAAACGAGAGCAGGCAUUAGAUAAGAGAUUGGACAAAGUUAAGGAAAAAGAGAAGGAUUAUGAAUUAAAACUGAAAGCUCUGAAGGAAAGAGAGAAGGCCGCUAAGACUGAGGAGAAGAACUUGGAGAGAGAGAAGAAACAGUUGCUUGCUGAAAAAGAGUAUCUUUUUAGCCUUAAGGCUGAAAUUGAGAAGAUCAGGGCUGAAAAUGAAGAACAGUUAUUGAAGAUACGUGAGGAUAAUGACAAGCUUCGUGUAACUGAAGAGGAGAGAUCUGAGCAUCUCCACUUGCAAUCAGAAUUGAAAGCAGAAAUAGAAAAAUGUAGGCUUCAGGAAGAGCUGCUUUUGAAGGAAGCUGAGGAUUUGAGGCAGCAAAAGGAAAGUUUUGAGAGCGAGUGGGAGGAAUUGGAUGAGAAAAGAGCAGAGAUUGAGAAAGAGCAAAAGAAUGCUAGUGAACUGAAGGAGAAGUUUGAAAAAGAGAAACACAUUGAAGAAGAGAGAUUAAAAAGUGAGAAGCAGGUGGCAGAGGAGUACAAAAAAAGGGAGCUGGAAGCUCUUGAAGUUGCAAAAGAAUCAUUUGCGGCCAGCAUAGAGCAUGAGCGGUCGGUAGUGGCUGAGAAGGCUGAAAGUGAUAGGAGCCAAAUGCUUCAUGAUCUUGAGUUGCUGAAAAGAAAACUUGAGAGUGAUAUGCAGAGUAAGCAUGAGGGAAUGGAAAAGGAAUUGGAAGAGAGGAGGAAGUUGUUUGAGGAAGAAAAGGAGAGGGAUUUGGAAAAUAUUAAUUAUCUGAGAGAGGUUGCUAGGAGAGAAAUGGAAGAAAUAAAGCAGGAAAGACUUAAGAUACAAAAAGAAAGACAAGAAAUUGAUGCCAGUAAGACACAUCUUGAAGGGGAACAAAUUGAAAUACAAAAGGACAUUGAUGGCCUCGUUGAACUUAGCAAGAAGUUGAAGGACCAGCGAGAACAAUUUAUCAAGGAAAGGAGUCGAUUUAUUUCGUUUGUGGAGAAACAAAAGAGCUGCAAUAACUGCAGUGAGAUGAUCUCUGAGUUUUUGCUCUCUGAUUUGCAAUCAUUACAUGAAAUAGAGAAUGCUGAAGUCCUUCCACUUCCAAGACUAGCUGAUGAUUAUGUCAAUGCAGAAGUUCAUGGAAACUUGGCUGCAUCUAAGAGGCAAAAGGGUGAGAUGUCUCCAGCAGCUGGUUCAGGAUCUCCUCUUUCAGGUGGAACUAUGUCAUGGCUACGUAAUUGCACCUCAAAGAUAUUUAAAUUUUCUCCAACUAAGAAAUAUGAUUCUCAUUAUGUGCAAAAUUUGAAGGAGGAGUUUCUCUCUGAUGAGCAAGUUGAUGAUGAAGAAGGAUCAAAAAGGUUGGCAACUACUGAUAAUGGUCAAGAGCUGUCAGUUGCCAUUGUUGAUGAAUCUUUUGAUGGUCCGAAGGCCAAUUCUGAUACCAGCACAAGACAUGUUGAUGCUGCACGUGAUCAAUCAACUGAUUAUCAGAACAACCUUAACAGUAAGGUGCCAGAAGAUCUAGUGAAUAAUCAGCCUUCUAAUUUGAAUGGUCGUCGGCAGGUUCGAAAAAGAGGCAAGCCUAGAGUAAGUAGAAAUCUCUCUGUCAAGGCAGUUGUCCAAGAUGCUAAGGCUCUACUUGGGGAGGCUGAGCACCCAAAUGGGUUUGCUGAGGAUUCUGGCAAUGUUGAUGGAGAAAGCCGAGAUGAAUCUAGCCUUGCUGAUAAAGGAACAUCAAGAAAUGGAAGGAAGCGGAACCGGGCUCAAACGUCUCAAUUUACUGUGAGUGAGCAACCUGGUGAUGAAAGUGAUGGGGUUUCUGGUAGUGUUGUGGCAGGCCAGCAAAGGAACACGAGGCAAAAGGUUGUUGUGGCACUUGAAACUCCUGGCCAGAAAAGAUAUAAUCUCCGGCGACCCAAAGGUGGAGCAAAAGUUGCUAAAGCCUCAUCAGAUAAGAACAAGGACAGUAGGGAACCUACUGGGGAUCAGGUGAACAAAAAUGGUGGAAGCAGACAUGAGGCACAGUCUGAAGCAGCCACUGAGACUCAGGAUGGUGACCCUGAUACAAAAAAAAUCGUUGAGACAGUAGCAUUUAGCGAGGUGAAUGGGACAACCCUAGAUGGGGUUGGAGAGUACAUUGAAGGAGACUAUAGGAGUGAAUCCCUCGCUGAUGGUACUGUUGCAAAUGAAGACAAUGCUGAAGACGAAGAUGACGAAGAGGAAGAGUCCGAGCACCCAGGCGAAGCCUCAAUAGGAAAGAAGCUCUGGACAUUUUUCACCACAUAGUCAUUGCUGAAUCUCGUUGCAAGGUGUACUGUUACAUCAACUUUUCUGAAAUUUGCCGGUAGGAGCUUUGAUGUUUAGUUAAGUGUGUAUUGACAAUCUAAAUGUAGUUGUAACAACAUGAUCUUUUGAUUUAGGUUGGGGGGGAUUGGCUUUUUCUUCACGCUCAUAUAUCUUUUGUUUAGGAUUUAGAAUAGUUGGUUUAAAUCUCACUCCUCUUUUGUUGUAAGAUAAAAUAAUAGAUGAUUUGUUGUAUUAGCAAUGACCAGUGCAUUGUUAACACUGGACUUGUCCAUCCAAAUUGUUUGUAUCAAAUGCUUGAAUCUUUUUCUUUGUGGGAGUGAUUGUGUAAGAUUUGUAAUUCAAAAAAUUGUAUUUGGUUUAGUUUUAGGGUACGUUUGGUUUGAGGAUUAAGAGAUAAAGGCAAGUCUUUUAC